GGCAUCGUAUUUUUCCCAUCACUACAUUUUUGUUUACAAAAAAAGCCGAAAUAAUUGGGCAUUUUUAUCUGUUUUAAGGAGAAGUACUAUUCGAAACCAGUAAAUCCCUCAUCAUGCCGAAGAACGGAGGUGCCGGGCACAGGAACAACGCCCCCAGGAAGCGCCAAACGCCGGCGGUGCAGCUGGACGAGGAGAAUCCCAUUGUGCAGGCCUUUCGCAACUAUUCCAAUGAGCUGACCAUGAAGCACGACCGCCACGAGCGGAUCGUCAAGCUGAGCCGCGACAUCACCAUCGAGUCCAAGCGCAUCAUCUUCCUGCUGCACUCCAUCGACUCGCGCAAGCAGAACAAGGAGAAGGUCCUGGAGGAGGCUCGCCAGCGGCUGGCCAAGCUGAUUGAGGUGAACUUUAGGGCCGUCGCCCUGGAGCUGCGCGACCAGGAUGUCUACCAGUUCCGCGGCGCCUACUCGCCGGGCCUGCAGGAGUUCAUCGAGGCGUACACCUACAUGGAGUACCUGUGCCACGAGGAUGGGGAGGCCUCCGGCAGCGAAACCAAGAGCGUCUCCGACUGGCAGGCCAUCCAGGCGGUGAUGCAGUACGUCGAGGAGAUCAAGGUUGAGAAAGUGGAACCUACAGAGGGUGAAGAAAUGGAUGUAAUACCGCUGGCGGAGAAGGAAAACCCCAGGAAAUUCCAGUUCUUUGUGGACCCAACUGAAUAUAUACUGGGUUUAUCCGAUCUUACGGGGGAACUCAUGCGCCGCUGCAUCAAUUCGCUGGGCAGUGGCGAUACAGACACUUGUUUGGAGACCUGCAAGACCUUGCAGCACUUUUACACGGGCUACAUCAGCCUGAACUGCCAGCGAGCCCGGGAACUGUGGCGCAAGAUCACCACCAUGCGACAGAGCGUACUCAAGGCCGAGAAUGUCUGCUACAAUGUGAAAGUGCGCGGCGGCGAGGCUGCCAAAUGGGGCGCCACCUUCGACCAAAAGCCAGCCGAGGAUGUGGACGAGGGCUUCUACUAGAUAUAAGUUUGCAACAAUGGAAUAUACAUUUAUGAAUUAAAUGGUGAUUAAUCUAA